AUGUCGACCCUAACGAAAAUGACCCGCACAGUCAAAAAACUUGAAGUACCCAGACCCUUGAAAUCGACGACUAGUUCUGCACACAAUCGCAACUCGGUAGUAGACGUGAAAAUAAAUUCUGUUGAUGACUUGAUUAUGCUGACAGAGGGGGUGGCUUACCAAAUGAUGCAGGGUCAGUUUGACCGAGCUCUUCAUAGUAACAUUUCAACUAUGUACUCUAACCUGAAAUUAUAUGGCGCUCAACUUGAAGGUGUCUACAAAGAGUUCUUAGAUAGGUACUUUGUUCUUUUUCGAAAUGGAUCUCAAGAUGAAAGGCUUGAUAAGAAGAGUCGUCUUCAUUUGUUGGAAUUAAUUGAAUUAAGAGCAAAACACUGGCAGGGGUCUGAUUAUAUGAGUCAAUACUACAGGCACCGUGGUACUCAUGCUGAGCCGCUGCUGGUACCAACCAUGGAGGGUGCAGGUUCGGGCGGCUCGGUGUCCCCAACGCUGGCUGCGCCCACCGAGCCGCCGGCAUUACUUGCCCCGGGGGAAGUGAUCAAGCCUUCAGGCAAAUUCCCAAAACCGACUAAGAUCCCUGGCAAGAAUUACUCUAAGGAUGAGGUUGUAAUUAGAAAUGCUGAUUCUGGAAAAGUGAUGGGUAUCAAGGGCAGACGGGUGCACAUGAUCGAGGAGCUAAGUGAUACGAUUAUAUCGUUUCAGAGAGUGAGUCCGGGAGCCAAAGAGCGUUUGGUGCAAAUUACUGGCCCCAAUGAGGAGAACGUGAACCACGCCAAGCAUCUAAUCGGCGAUACGAUAAGGCGCAAUGCGUCCCCUGUAAGGCUUGAAGGUGUGGAAAGCCUGCCUUUAGGAGCAUCACGCGCCUCGCUCGAUUCAAAUGGAUCUGAUGAACCCGUGCCUCGCCUUAGAGAGAAAUCUCCGCAUGGCAACAGAGCAUUACUUCACAGUUUCUCAACGAAUGAUGCUGCUUUAGGAGAGUACAAGUACACGGUGACGUUUGGCACCAACUCUAUUAAGAUCACUGGCGAUAACUUGGAUUUCGUUAAGACAGCAAAACUGGUGCUAGACGAGUACUUUGAAAGCGCAAGCGCGUUGGAAGCCAUGGGUGCUGGUUCGGGUGAUUUCUUCACUUUGUCCCAAAGGCCCAAUGCAGCUUUUAUCUUGCAAGAUGAUACAACUCUAAAUGGAAAUGAUGAUGACGAGGUUUUUGUACCAGCUCAAGAUAAUCAGGCUGGCGAGGGUGACACGUUGCCGCGACGCCCACGAUUCUCGCGUGCCACCUCCACUGACAAGAACCAAGGUUCAGCGGGAACAAGACAGGUAUACACGUACGAGACGCUGGUGCAAUACGCGGACUCGCCCCUUAGCAAGCUGCCGCCGGCCGGCCUUGCUGCCUUUCCGCCGGACCUCGCGCGCAAGAGUUGCCUGGAGUUUGACAGCGCCAGUUAUUUGAAGAAGGUUCGAGCUGCGGUAGCUAUCACCAUGGCAGCCGUAGAUGCGCCUGAUUCGCCAGAACCGGAAUAA